AUGCUCAGCAGCUCCCUGCUGCACUCCAAUGGCGCGAUGUACUUUUUACAAGAGAAGGGCAAUUACACGGUAAGCAGCGUGUUUCUUUCCUCCCUAACGGAUGUGCUGAAGACGAUCACGUCCGUCUUGGAGACUUGGGCAGAAAUGGACUCCUUCCUCUCCAAGUCGUCUGUGCCCACGGCCGGUCUGGUUGGAUUCUUGUCGGAUGCAUCGGGUGAUGGAACUUGGAACGACGCGUACCGUUGCUUGAAUGCAACGAAGGUCGAAAAUGGCUUUAAGUUCACAGGGUCCGAAUCAUACGCCAUGUGGCCCGUGAACAUGUGGACGCAUCGCUGUGUGUACAACUUUGUGGAUUACGCGUUUACGCUUGUGGAAACAGUGACGAUCGAUGAAGUUCCCAACGAGAGCGGUCGUUUACUGGGCGCGAGCUUGGAUGACAAGGAAAACACAGAGUUUGUGGGGCUGUCGUACACGACGGAGAAACGGUGGGGGACAGUCUUCAACGGCAUGACAACAACACACAGCAGCACUUGGGAGCCGGGGAAGGAGUACAAAGUGGCGCUCAUGCUGCAGGACAACAAGGGCUCCGUGUACGUGGACGGCGUGCUCGUGGGGAAAUCGGGACACGACUACCAACGCUUCAAAAAAAGGAGUGACAAAAUAUCAGGCUUUUACUUGGCGGCAGCAAAGACGGCAGUGCGACAGUAA